CUUUCUAGGGAGGAGUUUCGGGAACAGUGGAACUGACAUAAUAUUGUAGCUGGAUAAAAGUUCGAGUUUGUAUAUUAACUGUAGUCAUUAUGGAUUGACACAUUUUUACACCACAUAUGUUUUUAUUAAAUAAUUUUGUUUAAUGUUGUCAUUUAUGAAGAAACAUUUGUAACACAUUCACAGCAGGAAUCAGGGAAAGCAUGUAGUCGGCCAGCACUUUACGGAAACAGUCAGCGACGCAUUGCCAGUAGGGUCUACUCAAUCGUAAAACAUUAUCUUGCCGAAGACCUAUGAAGUGUAGCCUACUUUAUCUAACUAAGAUACGGUUCAUGAUUCUUAUUUUUUUUCAAGCAUGGGCGAUGGCAGCGUCAUACCCAAAAUUGGUCAUAUGAAAGCGCUGCUAGGAAUUAUGGCUGGAGCAGGAGCCUCGUACGGGAUCUAUAAACUUAUCAGUGGAGGAAGCUUCAACAAGACUAGAAACAAAAAAAGUGCCUCCAGUGAAAGUCGUGGCCUGAAGAGUACCGAAACAGGUGAUAUCGUCCUCCACCCUGGAAGCCUUUUAGCCAAGGUUUCGGGAUUGGAGGUUGUUCGUGCACACAGAGCUCAAUGUCGGACGGUGGACCGGGCAUCAACCGAAUCUACAGGCGACAUUGUGUCCAAGUCCUCCGGAAGCUUGGAACCUCAACACCUGGAGAUGCUACUGUCUCUCCUUCAGAACAACCACCCAUCUGACAGGGCUGAGAUCCUCCUCACCUUGGGAAACACUGCUGCCUUCACCGUCAACCAGGAUCUGAUGCGAGAGUUAGGGGCCCUUCAUGUCAUUGCUGGCUUCCUGUCUGACCCUGUGCCAGAGGUCAGAGUUCAGACUCUAAAUGCCUUGAACAACCUGAGCAUGAAUAUCAGGAACCAGGAGCUAAUCAAGGUGUACGUGCCCCAAGUUCUGGAGCUGAUCGAGAUGUCCCCGGUGAACUCUGACCUCCAGCUCGCUGCUCUCAGGUUGCUGACUAACCUGUCCGUCACUGACGAGCACCAGCACCUGCUCUGUGGCUCGGUCACCCUCCUCCUCUCUUUGUUAGUCGUCAGCAAUGAAGUGUUACAGAUCCAAGUUUUAAAAGUACUUGUGAAUGUGUCCUCAAAUCCUGACAUGAUGGAUGACAUUGUUGAAGCCCAGGCUCCUGCCUCGGUUGUGCUGCUGUUUGACGGGCGAACCAGUCCAGCUGUCCUCCUGAGGCUGCUGACCUUCGCUGGGAACCUGAAGGCCUGGAGACCCUCGGCACUGGUGGCGGAAGACCUGAGGAGGAGGCAGGACUCCCUGUACCGGGUCCUGCUGGACCAGUCCUCUCAGCUCCACAGCAGGCUGGUCCAGCUGCUCUCUCACCCUGACGAGGAGGUCCGGGCCCAGGUGGCACGCAUCCUCACAUGACCCCCUCCUCCUCCUACAGGAGCAUCCUCACAUAACCCCCUCCUCCUCCUACAGGAGCAUCCUCACAUAACCCCCCCCCCCCCCUCCUCCUCCAAGCUCCUUCAAGGUGUUCUCAGCUCCCAUCUGUCAUUCACAACAGCCUUGCCCCAAACCCUUCAUCUCCAACUUCCAGUCGUCACAGACCUGCGGAAAACAGUGGAAGUAUCUCUGCUUCUCCCAGUGAAGUGGUAAUGAUCAUCCAGGAGGAUGAUCAUGGGAGGAAGUGCACAGACCCAAAGAGGUACAGAGACCGAAACCACCUCUCCUUCCUUCCUCACUCGAUCCCUCCUCCCUCCCUCGCUUGCUCCCUUCCUCUCUCCCUCACUCCCUCCUUCCUUGCUCGAUCCUUCACUCCCUUCCUCACUCCUUCUUCACUCCCUUCUCCCUCCUCGCAACCUACCCCAUCUCUCACGAGUGCUAAGCCUCUGUUGAAAGACACAGCACUCAUGCAAGCAGCACAUUUCCACUCAGUGUCCUUCAGCCUCUUGAAAACUUGAUGUCUGCCUAUUCAGUGAGAAUAGUAUGAUUCCAAAGCCACUGCCAAAACAUGUCAGUACCUCCAACCCCUGAACUGGCCACCUAUCUCUCUGGUGAGAGCUGUGUUCAGCUGAUGUAGUAGCUGUUGGAGGGUGCCUGAUUCACACACUUGCAUGUCUGGAUGACAGCAAUACAGACAAGGACAAGGCACAGCUCAAAUACUAGAAAACUGCAAAGUGUAAUUGAUUUAGACAUGGAAUGUUCUGUAUGUCCAAAUUAAAUUGGGGUCCUUUUUUAAGUAGCAUGAUUAAAUGGUGAUGAGGAACUAGCUGUACUUGUGUACCAGGCUUCAGGCAGGCUAGCUGCCAUCGUCCCGAGGCCUAACUGGGGUGUGAGCUACAGAUCCAGGCAGCACAGGACCUGUGGAGCCACCCACCAGAUGGAUCACUUCCAGAAGCUCCACCCACCAGAUGGAUCACUUCCAGAAGCUUCCAUCUGUUGGACACCUCAAUGAAAGUUUGGCUUGAUUAGGGAAAGGUCUACACAGAUGCUGCACAGUUUUGACGUUCAUACCCAAAUGCAGCUGUUCUCUCUCUCUGGAAGCACAGAUGGCAGAAAGGCUGAUGUGUCAUGUUCUCUGACUAAAAUAAAAACAUCCCUCUUGUGCAGCUUGUAUACCCACUACUGCUGUAGAUAUAUUUAUUUUGAUGGAACUCUUUGUGAUGGUGUUGCCCUAUGGAUUCACAUAUGGGGAUUGUAUGUUAAAUGUGUGCUUUAUAGGUUUGAAUGAAUAAAUCUGUUUUAUUUGAA